AUGAGUGAUGAUGAUAAUGGUAAGAAAAAGAAAUUAUUAACACCAGAUGUUGAAAAUCAGGUUAAAAUUCUCGAAGUACAAGAGAGUGAUAUGAUUAUUCCUUUCAGAUUCGAUGGUUACGAUUCAGUCAUCUUGAUGUUUCUAAUUUUUUUGGGAAUAUUCAACAGAUUUUGGUUGCUUUGGAGUCCUAGAAAUAUGGUGACUGAAGACAAAACUUAUCUUGAUUAUAUUCAUUGUUAUGCUAAAAAUCAAUUCUGCCCAACCACUCAACCACCUCUCGGAGCGAUAAUGUUGCGAUUAAUUGGCCAAAGGAUGGAAUACAAUGACUCUUAUAUGUCUCUAAAACUAAACGAAGAAUAUCCAACCACAGUUUACCACUCCAUUCGAUCAAUUCCUGCAUUUUUCUCUUUCAUGUCGAUACCAGCUUCUUAUUUUGCGAUUAGAUGUUUUAAUAUUCCAAUACCUUUUGCAUUUCUUGGAUCAAUUUGUUUGAUGUGCGAACAUUCUCUUGUUGCAUCAUCUCGCUAUAUCGGUGAUAGAGGUAUUUGUCACUUUAUGGUUACUGCAACUCUUAUGUUUUGCUCAUUUUCAAUGCAUUUCAAAACAGAUUCUCCUUCCCAAUACAUUCUUCUAAUAGCUCAAAUGAUAUUUACAGGGUGUUCCAUAUCUAUAUCAUGGUUAGCCCUUCCUAUUUACGCUUUCACCAUCUUUUGGACUAUUUCCAAAUCAAAAAGCCUGAAAACAAGAAUAUAUUCUGUAUUGAUACCGUUACUCAUAGUUUACUUUUCAUUUUUAGUCAGUUUACUCAUGGGAUUCAAGAAAAACCCAACAUAUGAAAAAUAUUCUUCUUUCAUCUCUAAACACCAAACAGAUUCUAAUGUAAUACACCUCAGUGGAUGGCAUUUAGUUGCAUCCCUGAUAAUGAUGCUCAAAACCGGUUUUUCAUGCCUCAAAUCCCUUAUUCACACAAAAAUUUUCUUGUUUUUGUCAAAAUUGUUUUACUUAGAAAAAUGGAAAGUUGUCUGGCAAGAAAACGAAAGACGAGCUGCUUGUUUCACGAAUAGGUUCACAACUAUACCAGCCCUUGUAUAUAAUGUGUUAUUUGCUUACGAAUCAAUCAGAAAAAGGUCAUUUAAUAGUCAAUCUUUGAUUGCUUUUCUUUUUGUUAUUUCUCAUCUAUUUUAUGCGCUUUCUGAUACAAACAAUGGUCCAUUGGACUCAUAUGUAUCUAUAAUAACAUGUUUCAUAUGUUUCCCUCUUAGUAUUAACAAUUUAAUGAGACAAUCUUCAGGAUAUUUCUUCUGUGUAUCAAUGAUUGUCAUUUCUAUUAUUUCCUUCAUAGAUUUAUGCACCCUUGUAUACGCGUACUUUGAUCCUGCACCUGUUCUUCCAAUCUGGUUCGCAAGAUAA